AUGACCAUGACGAGCGUGGCUGUCGCCCCGGGUAGCCUCGGCGCACCUCCAGCUAUGCUCACUCCCAAGAUGUAUCAUCUGCAGCAGGGUCUGAGUCCGACGUCCGGCUCGUCCACUACCGGCAAGAGCUACGAUACCUUAAGCAAAGGCAAGAAGUCGUGGAGCGUGCGACUGGGUCUGUCGCGGCAGCACCAGAAUCCUGGGGAUGACCCCGGCAGGGGCGGUUGGGGCACGAUAAGCGGCGGUAGCAUGCUCUCUCGCCAGAUGAUCUACAGCGGCGAUCCGUGGUUAUACGGCACGGUCAGAUCGUCGCGGACGACCGCAUACGAUCAGGCGCGACCCUUCCUGACGCCGCCACCGCUGCUGUCGGGCGCGACGCCGCUUCUCGUGGUAUGUUCCUGCCCGGAAUUUCUUGCUGGCACCGUCAGGAAGCUCGGUAGCUGCCGCAAGUGCGGCGGUCACCGAGUUACCGGACUGCCCUUGGGAGGUACGUGUCGACUGCCACCAUCCUCGAGGUCCAGGCCCAGCCUCGCCGGUGUGCUAAGAGCAUCAAUCGACGAUCCGUACGAUCAGAUGCGACGAAACCGGCUGGUGGAGCCGAGAUCACGGGCGCGCAGCAUCUCGCCGCAUCGGUCAUCGACACAGCGAGAUUCCAGGAGUCAGAGUGUGACCGCGCGGACCGUCGCGAAGGAGCGUAAGGGCUCGAUCGAGGGAGCGUCGUCGAGAUCCGAAUGGUUCGAUAAGGAGCCGAGUGUGGCUGCGAGCUACGACGAUCGCAUAUCGCGACCUGGUUUCACCGGCAACGGCGUGUCUCCGGAUGAUUGGAUGCUAGAAGAGAGUCAUUCGGAAAGUCAUUCGCGGACUCAUUUCGCCGCGACGACGUCUGCGAGGCUUGCUCGCGUUCCAAAGAAGCCGCCGAGGGAAACGAAUCAAAGGAGAUCCAGCCAGGACGAUUGGAAGGACGGAACGACGUCGCCGGUCGCUGCGGAUCCGCGAAGGAGCAUCCUCGAGUGCAACGUGAAUCCGUAUCUGUUGCUGAAGAAGCAAAAGGACGAGGACGACCUGAGCGACGAUUUGUCGGACAAUGCGUUGGAGCAAGACGAUCUCAGAACGACGCUGUCGUCCAGCCUGUUCGAUUCGUCAAAGGUAAAAUCGAUCGAGAGGAUACCGAACAGGAGUGCCGUGGCGGCGAUCGGCGGUCAGCGAAUCAGGGUGUUUAACGAAGGACCUAGAGAGAUCUCGGAUGACGACGAGGACGAUGAGGACGACGUGUCACCACCGAUCACGAGAAUUCCGAUACCGAAGGUGUCACCCAAGAGACCGCCGAGGCGGCUGAAGGAAGCCCGACAGACGUUGAAGAGCAUUCUGAAGCGCGGCCGCAUAAUCGAGAGCAAAAGAAAGAACGUGCUUUUCAACGUUGACAACAUGAUAUUUGCGCCCGAGAAGCCGUCCGAAGCGACGCGACUGUCGUGGAGCAGGCUCGGCAGGCUCGUCGAUUGCGGCAAGGAGCAACGGGACAGCAGUCCCGAACUCGAGGAGGAGGAAGCGCCGAUCGUGCCGCAAGAGCAGCAGGAGAAGCACAACUUCAUCACGAUUCCGAACAUCAGGGAUCCGAAGGUGGAUAAGGUCAGGCUGAAGGAACCGAGAAUAGUGCCGGAAGUGAAGAAAACGGCGCCGCCCGGUCUCGACAGGAUCAAGAUAGAUAAGUUCGUUCCAUCCAGAAAGCUCGAUCGUCCCGUCGUGUUCAAGAGACAAGAUGAGAUCGGCGGUGAGCCGCAGCCCUCGCUGCCCUCUUCGAAAAUUAACGUCCACGCAGAGAAGAGGAUAUUACUGGAAGAGAGGAGAUUGUCGAACGGGAAGACUAUUCGGCCAGAAGACGAGACCGAGCUGGAAAUCGAGAUCGAGGAGCUGAAGGACCGUUUGCCGUGCAUCGCCGUGGACGAGAAGGAUCUAAUCUUGAAAUCCGAAGAGAGCUCGAGAAAAUCCUUACUGACACGGAGCCAAAGCGAUCGGUCGUUCAGCAGACCGGAAAUCUCGGCUGGCAGCGUGCUGUUCUUGGACACAAUGCGUCUCAGUCUGAACAAGAAGAUCAAGGAAUCACCGCUGUCAUCGUCUAUCAAUACGGCCACGUGCGCAAUUUCGCGGGAAGACGGCGACGAGGCAAAUCUACCGGGAAGAAAACGCGGGACGGAGAAAAUCGAGGAAGAAACGGACGUCUCCGGCGAGCUUAAAGAGCCCGAUCGCGAGGACGAGAUGAGCAAAAACGUUCAGGAGAUCCCCGAGAACACUGCCGAGAAUGUCGAGAAAGAAGCCGAGCCACCGCCGGACGCGCGCAGCGAUAUUUCUGACAUGAGCAGCGAGCAUUUCCGUACAAUGAAACCUACGAGUUGGUCGCCGCCACCCGGCAGGCAGAGGCAUCGCUUCAAAAUUAGUGAUUCCAGCAACACGGAUCUGGACGAGAGCCCGGUCAACUCGAUCAGAGAUCAUCGGAGAACGAUAUCGUCGGCGUCAACGGCAUCGUGGAACUCGACGAGUUCUUACGGCUCCUCCAAGAUCGAAAUCAAUUCGCCUGAGAACAACGUCUGCAAAAUCACCGUGAGCCCGCGCUCGUCGCCGUUGGUCCAUCGGCUGCAGAUCGGUCCGGAUUCCGGUCUAAGAGGCGCCAGAAGGACGUCCAUUCUGAUCAAUGGCGAUCAGAGCACCAAUGCGGAAUCGACGGCCGGCAAUAAAGUGACCAUCAGCGUAGGCGGAGAGGACAGUGUGUGCAAUCCGACGGUGAUCUCCGUGAAUUCGGAGAACACGCCGAAGAUCCAGAAUUCUGCGGAGAAUCGCACUCUAGUGAUACUCGAGAACUACAAAUCGAACAUCGUGGUUGAGUCCGCGAACGAUGAUUCGCGCGCCAAGCAAACCGGGAAGGAUAAUCGUGUCAAAGAUUGCGAGACGAACUCGAAAACGAGCGACGAGGCGCCCACUUCGCCCAGCGAAGAAACAUCCUCGCCGUGUCAACGCGCGGAACAGCCGGCGGCGAAUUUCGGAAAGAAAUUGAGCGUCGAGAUCAAGUCUUCCAAUACCAAUCAAUCGUCGAGAUUUUGCAUAUCCGACGAGAAGACGGCGCGACCAGAGUCGAAAACGCGCUUCAAGGAUGUCGAAGCUUCUCCCAAAUUGUCCGACUUGUCGAAGGAAGCUUUGAUCUCGAAGCUGCUGGAGGACUCGUUGCGGAAGGCUCGCGAAAACGGCGAGAUCCUCGACGAGGACAGCGGCCAGGCGAUCCUAAAGAUCUUGAAGCAGAGCUUGCUGAAGAGCAAGGAGUACGAGAGCUCCGAAUCGACUCUCGAGGCGAAUUACUCGCGAUCGUCCAGCCUGAAUUCGGACGGCGAUUUCAUCUCGACGAAUCUUUUUCUCGAGGAGAAUCCUUACGAAGUGAUCAAGGAGCCGAUCUACGAGGAGAUACCGGACGAGCCGCCGCCCUUGCCGCUGAGCCCGCCACCCACGGAGGACUACCUCAAAGACAGGAUCUACUUCGGCGACGUUGAAAGAUACUACAAGAAGAUCACGCCGGGCCAGUUUCUCGGUCCUUACUUAUCCGAGGAAGUUUUCAAGAAAUCCAACUCGGCGGAUCUGGCCGAGACUUACUUGUCCAAGAGCCCCGAAGAUUUCUUCAAGAAGAUGUCGACGUCACCCGAGGACGAGCACAACAUCUCCACCAAGUUCGAGCUGUUGAAUUUCCUGAUGGAUUCCAAGGACCGCACACGGCCCGCGGACGAGGACGAGGACGAGGACGACGACGAGGAGGACGACGCCGAGGGAGACCUGGAGGCUCUGUACGAGCAGAAGGAGACCAGUCUGGGCGAUCUCAGCUCCAAGAGCUCACAGAUCUCCAAUGUGUCCGACAGCAGCGAGGAGUGCAACAUCAUCCUGACGAGCUCGCCGGAAGCGUUGAAGUCGAGAACGGUCGACAUUGAGAGAACCGACAGCGGCGUCGGAUCCGAGAGUAGCCAAGCCAGCAGCACGCGCGGUGUUACGAGACGCUGGAGGACGGGCAAUGUUUCCUCCGGUCCGGGAAGCCUUCUCGGCGGGAUACCGCAAGUAAUUUCCGGCGCCACGAAGCUGUGCGAGGAUUGCGAGCAGCGACUGGAUCCUCUGAUAACGGACAGCGGCGUCGUAUACGCACCUUUUGUAUGCAGAAAGUGCUCGAAGAAGCGCGCCGAGCGGAAAGAGAUUAUUACGGAAAUCGUGGAAACCGAACAGAAGUACGGCAGAGAUCUGCAGAUCAUACUCGAGGAGUUCCACCGGCCGAUGCUAAAAGCGGGUCUCCUCACGUCGGAACAACUAUCGGCGAUCUUUCUGAACGUCGAGGAGCUGCUCGAACACAAUCUCGUUUUAGCCGAGAAACUGAAGGAUAGCGUCGAACUCGCGCAGGAAUCUGGAGACGAGGACCUCUUGACGGUAGACGUGGGAAAAAUCUUCCUCGAAUCGGAAAGGAUGCUUCACGCUUUCGAGAGCUACUGCACGCGCCAAGGCAGCGCUAGUUUAUUAUUGCAAAAUUUGGAGAAGGAAAAGGAGCUUCUUCGCAUCUUCCUCAGAGUGUCUCAAAUGGAGAACACAGUUUUGCGAAGGAUGAACCUGAACUCCUUUCUAAUGGUUCCUGUCCAAAGAGUUACGAAAUACCCUCUUUUGCUGGCGCGUUUACUUAAAGCAACACCUUCUGUUCGACCUGACAUUCAAGAAGCGAAAAAGAGGCUCAAGCAAGCUCAAACGAACAUCGAAUUACACUUGGAACAUAUGAAUGCUGAGGCAAAGGAUGUUACAUCAACGAAAUUAUGGAGGAGAAUCUCGAUUAUCCAGAACGGUAGGCGGUCUAUCGGUGAGCAGGAUAUGGUGAAUAUUAAACUGAGAAAGAUGGCGGUCGAGAUCUUGGAAUGGGCACACGAAGAAGCUAGAUUUGUGUUUGAAGGGCGUCUUCUAGUGGCGCAGCCGACUGAUAAUAAUUGGAGACGCGGUCGAACGGUUAAACUCGCACCUGUCACUGCCAUGCUUGUCACAAACGGCAAGCCAAAUGCUGAUUAUCCUGAAUUCAAUGACGACUCGCUAUUUCCGAAGCACAUAGGAAUUAAGGAAGCUACCCUACUUUUGGUCAAAGAGAAACUUGGACGUUACUCGUUGUUACGAGAGCCACUGUAUCUCGACAAGUGCAUAGUGUGCUGUGAAACGGAUCUCGAAGAUUAUUUCGAGAUACAAGAGCUGUCUUCCAAGGAAACAUUUAUAUUUAAAGCAGAGGACGGCGCGAGAACGAAAAGGUGGUGCAGAACGUUGCAGGCCCACGCACAGUCCCUCGGUGCUUGGCGUAAACGUCGAGGGGCCCUUCCUAACAUCAUGAUUUGCGGCGUAACGAGAAAUUAACAAGAGCUUAAACAUAACAAGCGUGUGCAUAAUGUAACACGCUUUUAACCGACGCUGAAAAUAGGGUAUUUUCAAUGACGCGAAGAAUCCUGAGCGAUUAAAUUCGUCUUCAUGAUCUCCACAGAUGAAUUAAUAAUGAUUUAUUGGGGAGAGAGAACGCUGGACCAAAGGUAUUCCUCGGCUCAUCGUACGCGACUGUCGACGAGUAGCGCAAAAGUCUAGUUCUUACUGAAUUCAAGGUAUAACUGCCUGUGUUCGGUUGUUACAGUACGUAGCAGAAACUUCGUUUCCUACGUCUCUGUAAUCGGAAUGUCACGUGGCGUCGAGUCGCGCAUACUAAUAUCGAUUCCUAAUGAAUAAUUUUAAGUAUGCAUAUAUAAUAUAUAAUACAUGUUUGUGCGCGUACGCAUAAGUUUAUUUAAUAUCUAUAUCUUUCAGAAAAAAAAAAACAACGACGAGUAGCUGUGAUAUCGACCGGUGUAUUGGGUUUUCUUUGCGCAAAUUACUUACGACGUUGUUAAGAUAUUUGUCCGUCUUACUUUUCAUCUGCGAUUUACUUUUUACCGGUUGCAGAAUAGAUUUAUUAUUAGAUCUGAGGUCAUAGGAUGUUCGCAGACCAACAGAAGUAUCGAGGAAUUUGCGUGAAUCAGCAACAUCGAGGAUACAGGGUGCCGUAUAUGCCUCGCGCAAUCAGCGAGCAUUCAAAAUGCGUAUAAAUUAGGAACAUAUUUUUUCUCGCUUCUACAAUUCUGUUCUCCUUCAAAAUGAUUAACAGUAUUUACAUUAUGUUUAACACAGAAAGUAUGCAAAUUGUACAUUUGUACUAGAUUUUUAUUUAAGAACUAAGCCAUAUUGUGUAUAUAUAUAUAAUUUGUAUAUUUACAAAUCCUCACACACAGUUCUAACCGAAAUUCAUUGUAACGAAUUAAUCUGCUGCAUUACAAACCUGCGAUUUAAUAAAAGUAAAAUAUGA